CUUUUCAUCGACAUCUGUUCAACUCUUGGUAUUACCAUUAGAUACAAGUUUUAUCGGAGACUUCAUCAUGCGGGCUCUAAUACUGGUUUUCAUCAUGGCCACCGUCUGCGGACAUCGUAAUAAAAUUCAUUCAUAUUUCAAGUCAUCAAUUCAGACAAACUGUGAUGGUGUUAAACUGAGAGGUUUUUGCCUCUUCGGUGAUCAGUUGAAGCAAUUUGUCACAGGUAACACCAAGCGGCUGACCCGAAAAUGUUGCAGUGACAGCGAUGCUAUGGAAAAUGCUUAUAUUGUGACCAAGAAUGGAGACCAAAUUGUUAAGACUUUAAAUGGAUUUUUCAAGCCAAUGGAAUUUGAUACUUGUGCAAUAAAAGGAGAAAACUUCUGUGCGAAAUGCUGUGAAGUUAAAAGUAACUGGGGAAACUGGUCACCGUUUAGUCAGUGUUCUGUGACAUGCGGUAAUGGGACAAGAACGCGAACUCGUACCUGUGAAAAACCGGCAUCAUCUCAUGGAUGUAGCGAUUGUGUGGGUGUGGAUACAGAAACGCAAGAUUGUAGCACUUUAUGUCCAGCUGAACUGUGUGCAACUUUUGAUGGUUAUGAAUUUGAUCCCGCCACCAACAUCUGUAUCAAAGUUUUCCAAAACAAACUGAACUUUUUUGGUGCCAAGUUCCAGUGCGAGGAGGAUAACGGUACUUUGUUUAAAAUGGAUACCACAGCUAAACGUGAUUUUCUAGCGUUACAAUUACAAGGAGACAGCACUUUAAGUUUUUUUCUUGGAGCGAUAGAUAAAAACGGUCAAAAUGAAUUUAUACAUCUCGAUGGCACAGCUGUUGAUUGGAUCGGCGAAGCACCUUUGUCGGGUAGACAAGACUGUGUCCGGUUUAAUCGGCCAAGAUCAGAAAUGGAUGAGACCUAUUGUUACAGUUUGUAUAAAUCUGUUUGCGAAAAAGAUGUCACAGCAACACCAAGUGAACCGUAAUAAAUAAUUCAACUUGGCCAUAAUUAUUAUUGUAAUAAAUAUUGUCCUUAGUUUA